AUGAGCAUUCCCGAAGGCGACUACGAAAAAGGAAAAAGGGCAUUCAAAUUACGCUGUCUACACUGUCAUGUUAUUGACAGUAUGGCUGCAAAAGCAGGCCCUUCGUUGAACGGAGUAAUGGGUAGAACCAGUGGUUCUGUACCAGGCUACACAUAUUCAGAAGCAAAUAAGAAGAUGCAUGUUGUUUGGACUCGCGAGACAAUGUUCGAGUAUUUGGCCGAUCCGAGAAAAUUUAUGCCGGGGACAAAAAUGAUAUUCAAAGGCAUGAGGAAGGCUGAAGAUCGCGCAGAUCUCAUUAAAUACAUGGAAGUUGAAGGUGCGAAACCGCCGUCAUAG